UCAUCUUGUCCAUACCGCGUACUGCAGCACAUGUUUGGAAGCUGCAGAUCAUCAUCACCUCAAGGCGUUGGAGCUGGGGAAAAAUGGCGAUACAAGCUCAGAAAGUAGCAAAGACGAUUGGCUUGAGUCUUAAAAGUACGCUCGUAUUGCUAAUUGUUUUGGUGGGAGUAUUCAAAUUAGUGAAGGCACAAGGUGGAGCAGCAGGGCGUCUUCCUGAUGAUGAAGUUGGUGCCCUGCGUGAAAUAGCUACACAACUGGGGAAGGAUGAUUGGAAUUUCAGAGUGGACCCAUGCCUCAAUGAAUCAAGUUGGUUCACAGCAGAAGCAGAUUACAGUUCCAAGCCAGCAAUGUACAACAAUUCUAUAAUCUGCAAUUGUUCCUUCCCUACAGCAGAUGGUACCAUCUGUCACGUGGUUUCACUAUUUCUUAAAGGGCAGAAUCUCUCUGGUGAGCUUCCAAAAUCUCUGGUAAAGCUGCCUUUCCUACAAAAGCUUGAUCUCACUCGAAACUAUCUUUCUGGUACAAUACCAUCCGAAUGGGCUUCUGCAAACUUGACAUUUAUGUCGAUUAGUGUAAAUAAGUUAUCAGGACCGAUCCCAAGCUCCCUGGGAAGCAUGACCACGCUCGUAUGUUUGAGCAUAGAGACCAAUCUGUUUUCUGGAAGUGUUCCCCGUGAGCUUGGAAAUUUGGUUCACUUGGAGAAUCUUAUUCUUAGUGCUAAUAAUCUCACGGGAGAGUUGCCACUCGCUCUCACUAAUCUGACCAAAUUAACGGAACUUAGGAUUAGCAGUAACAGCUUCACCGGAAAAAUACCUGACUUUUUCCGUAGUUGGAAAAACCUUCAGAAAUUGGAGAUCCAAGCUAGUGGUCUCUAUGGGCCCAUUCCUUCUAGUAUUUCUGUCCUUAGUAAUUUAACUGAGCUAAGAAUUAGUGACCUACAUGGUGAGGGUUCUAAAUUUCCGCUAUUGAGUAACAUGAGGGGAAUGAAAAGAUUAAUGUUGAGGAGCUGCAAUCUCUCUGGAACAAUCCCUGCAUAUAUAUCACAAAUGCCAGAACUCCAAAUUUUAGAUCUCAGCUUCAAUAGAUUAGGAGGAAAUGUUCCAGAUUUUAAAGAUCAAGAAAAGCUGGAAUACAUGUUUCUGACAAGCAACUUGCUCACUGGGACUAUUCCGAAGUGGAUCAUAGACAGAGAUCCUCGCGACCAACUAGAUCUUUCUUACAAUAACUUUUCAGAGAGCUCUGCGGGACCUACUUGUCGAGAAACCCUAAAUGCGUUUGAAAGCUCUCUUGGACGGGACAACUCAAAUACUGGGGAGUGCCAAAAGAACAUUCCUUGCACAAAAGACCGUUAUUCAGUGCAUAUAAAUUGUGGCGGAAAAGCUAUCACCAGUGGAAACAUAAAGUACGAUGAGGAUCUGGAUCCAGCAGGUCCGGCAAAAUUUGUUCCACCCGGGAGUGAGAAGUACUGGGGAAUAAGUGCAAGUGGAAUAUUUUGGGAUACUAACAGUACCUCAAAUGUAUACAUAGCGAACAAUGUAUCAACACUCAGAAUGAACAGUUUUGAAUUAUACACGAGUGCACGCCUCUCUCCCCUUUCUCUCACCUAUUAUGUGCGUUGCUUGGCAAAUGGGAAUUAUAGCGUGACACUAUCCUUUGCAGAGAUAGUAUUCAGGGAGAAUAGAUCCUUUUACAGUCUUGGAAGACGGAUAUUUGAUGUUUAUAUCCAGGAAAAACCGGUGUUAAUGGAUUUUGAUAUUGAAAAUGCCGCACAAGGGGUUGAUAAAGGUGUGUCUAGGACAUAUACAGCAGUUGUGAGCAAUAAAGUUUUACAGAUCCGCUUCCAUUGGGCUGGGAAAGGGACAACAGCUGCUCCAAAGAGAGGAACGUAUGGUCCUCUCAUAUCAGCCAUCUCUGUGGAAUCUGAUUUCAGUCCCCCUGUGAAGGUUGAGAUAUUUAUCGUGAUUGGAGCUGUAGUAUCAGUGCUAUUCCUCAUUCUUAUGAUUCUAGGCAUUCUUUGGUGGAAAGGAUGCAUAGGAGGCAGGAUAUCAAGGGACAAAGAACUGAGAGGAUUAGAUUUGCAAACUGGUUUUUUCACUUAUAGGCAAAUCAAAGCUGCCACUAAUAACUUCAAUCCUGCAAACAAGAUUGGGGAAGGAGGUUUUGGAUCUGUCUACAAGGGUGUACUGUUAGAUUGUACUAUCAUUGCAGUUAAGAAACUUUCUUCGAGAUCAAAUCAAGGAAAUCGUGAAUUUGUGAACGAAAUAGGCAUGAUAUCUGGUUUAAAACACCCGAAUCUUGUUAGAUUGUAUGGAUGUUGUGUUGAAGGAAGUCAACUUUUCUUGGUGUAUGAAUAUAUGGAAAACAAUAGCUUAGCACGUGCUUUGUUUGGUCCAGAGGAAUACCAAUUAAACUUGGAAUGGCCUACGAGGCAGAAAAUAUGUGUUGGGAUUGCAAGAGGUUUGGCUUACUUGCAUGAGGAAUCGACCAUAAAAAUUGUUCACAGGGACAUAAAAACUACAAAUGUGCUACUGGAUGGAGAGCUUAACCCUAAGAUUUCUGACUUUGGUUUGGCCAAGCUCGAUGAAGAGGAAAACACCCAUAUCAGCACCCGAGUUGCUGGAACAAUAGGAUACAUGGCACCCGAAUAUGCAUUAUGGGGUUAUUUAACCUACAAGGCAGAUGUCUACAGUUUUGGAGUAGUUGCGUUGGAAAUUGUUGCAGGGAAAAACAACAUGAAAUAUCGACCAAAUGAGAAUUAUGUAUGCCUUCUAGAUUGGGGCCUUGUUCUACAAAGAAAGGGUGAUCUAAUGGAGCUAGUAGACCCAAAGCUAGGCUCCGAUUUCAACAAGGAGGAGGCCAUUAGAAUGAUCAAAGUAGCUCUACUUUGCACCAAUCCAUCUCCAGCGCUUAGACCCACCAUGUCUGCAGUAGUAAGCAUGCUCGAAGGCUGAACUGUUGUUAAUGAAGAUAUCAUGGAUCCAAGUAUAUAUGGUGAUGAAUAUAGGUUUGAAGCUUUAAGAGGCCAGUUCGAUCAGAUCCAACCAGUAAGGAAGAGCUUAAGUGGAGCUGAGAGCCGUAUUCAUUCGUCAUCAGAUCCGACCUGGACCGGAACUUCUUCUACUUCUGCCCAGGACCUCUAUUCAAUCAAUGAUGAUAGUCGAUAAUGUCAAUCAAUGGAACAACAACCAUGUGCGUUUUAAGUUCAUAAUGCUGCCUGAGGAUUUUGGUUAGGGAUGUGGAAGAACGGUGAGGAAAAUUUCUAUAAGACAGCUCGAUAUUUUUCUUAUCAAAUUGUAUAAACUAUGUGGGAAGAACACGUGCGUUGUAACCUACAUGGUCUAGCAAUGUGAAUGGGGCUGUAUAGGUGCAUUAGUAAUGUGAAUGGACUAUCUUCGUAAA